GUUGUGAUCUCGGGCUGGCGGCGGGAUAGUUGCUUCGUUAGCUGACGAGCAUCUUUGUCCGUUUCGAGGCGGCAGAGCUGCAGGUGAACCCGCACACACUCAGUGAGUCCAGGACACCAGAGUCCAGCAGUCAGAGUGGAGACCUGCUGGAUCUCAGAGACCAGGACCAGGAGCCCGUUUCAGAAAGCAGCUUUAACAAACUCUGAGAUGGAAAAGUGUUCGGUUCCAGAACAGCUGAUCAGAGUUUGUUCAAUCAAAUGUGAGGAUGAAAACAGCCUUCAUCAAUGGAGCUCUGAUACUACGAUUCACCAUGGCAACAGAGACCAGGACCAAGAGCACUACAAGAGCGAAACAGAGGAGGACCAGCAGAACCCGGACCAGCAGAGCAACAAGGUCCCCAGAAGACCAGCAGCAGGCUCGUCCUCUGAUACCACCGAUGUUCAGAAACGGAGAAGAAGCGAGGGACUGAUUCACCAGAGAGUUCACACUGGAGAGAAACUACACAGCUGUGAUCAAUGUGGGAAAUGUUUUGCUUUGGGGAGUCACCUUAAAGUCCACCAACGCAUUCACACUGGAGAGAAACCCUACAGCUGUGAUGAAUGUAGGGCAGCUUUCACUACAUCAGGUGACCUAAAAAGACAUCAACGCAUUCACACUGGAGAGAAACCGUACUGGUGUGACCAAUGUGGGAAAACUUUUUCUCAUGGUAGUCACUUUAAAGAACACAAACGCAUUCACACUGGAGAGAAACCCUACAGCUGUGAUGAAUGUGGUGCAGCAUUCCGGCGCCAGAGUACCCUAAAAACUCAUCAAUGCAUUCACACUGGAGAGAAACCCUACAGCUGUGAUGAAUGUAGGGCAGCUUUCACUACAUCAGGUGACCUAAAAAGACAUCAACGCAUUCACACUGGAGAGAAACCGCACUGGUGUGACCAAUGUGGGAACACCUUUUCUUAUGGUAGUCACCUUAAAGAACACCAACGCAUUCACACUGGAGAGAAACCCUACAGCUGUGAUGAAUGUGGUGCAGCAUUCCGGCGCCAGAGUACCCUAAAAACUCAUCAACGCAUUCACACUGGAGAGAAACCAUACAGCUGUGAUGUAUGCGAGUCAGCUUUCCAAUGCCAGAGUCACCUAAUAAGACAUCAACGCAGUCACACUGGAGAGAAACCGUACUGGUGUGACCAAUGUGGCAAAACUUUUUCUCAGAGUGGUCACUUUAAAAAUCACCAACGUGUUCACACUCGAGAGAAACCUUACAGUUGUGACCAAUGUGAUAAAACCUUUUCUCGGUUUGAUAACCUUAAAGUCCACCAACGCAUUCACAGCAGAGAGAAACCGUACUGGUGUGAUCAAUGCGGUAAAACUUUUUCAGUUAGUAGUUCCUUUAAAGUCCACCAACGCAUUCACACUGGGGAGAAACCGUACUGCUGUGACCAAUGUGGGAAAUCUUUUAAUCAGGCUAGUUCCCUUAAAAACCACCAGCGCAUUCACACUGGAAGAAACCAUACUGGUGUGACCAAUGUGGUAAAACCUUUUCUCACCGUAGUUCCCUUAAAAAACACCAAUGUAUUCACACUGCAUCGUUGUGAACAUGUUUCAGAGCCUAGUUAGCUGUUUCCUCCUGCCUCCUCCCCAUGCCCUGAUAGCUGUGAUGUUAUUCUGAGCUUCUCUCCACAUUGAAGUCUGACCAACAGUAACUUUAUGUUCUAAACAGCAUGUAUUUUAUUGUCGCUAUGACUUCAUACUGGCCUUUAUUCCUGUAAUAUUUUUUUUCUUUAUUAUCCAUUAAUCUGCUGAGUAUUUUCUGGAUGAAUUGUUUUUUGAAGACCAGAAACUUUUGACUGUAAUUGACCCCCUUGGCCUGUACCCCGUAGACCCGUUCAAUAAUCCAUCCACGAGUCGAUAGCUGGAGAAAGAUCAAGGAGGACAUUCACAUCCGACACCAGAGACCAUCUUUGAACAGAGACAGAGGUUACCAUCUCCCCCCCCGAAUACAACCACCUGUUACCAUGUGACUGUGCUGGACUAGCGUCAUGUGAUGACAACUGAUGAAGUUUAAGUGCUAAGUAAAGAUGGCGCCAGCUGAGGUGAAGACAUGUCAGCUCCACUUUGAAAUGUUUCAGCUGAAAUGAAAAAUGCAUCUUUUUCCUUGAAGAAUGAACAGAGAGAAAAAGCAGGAGCUUAUCCAGGUGCUUGUCAUUUCCCGUCUGGACUACUGCAGCUCCCUCCUUGCUGGAGCUCCUGCCGUCAGACCUCUGCAGCUAACCUAGAAUGCUGCUGCCCACCUGCUAUUAAACCUCCCCAAGUUGUCCCACACCACUCCUCUUCUCCGUUCUCCGUUCACUACACUGCCUCCCUGUUGUUGCUUCUGGAGGUGUUGGGUGAACUUCUGAUAUAAUCACAUAUUAUUUGGAGGAAAUGUCUGCAUGUUUUGAAUGCAGAUAGUAGAACCUUCCAGAUACAAGACCAGCUCUUCCUUCAACCCCCAGGAAUGCUGGCCAACAAGGCAUCAUGGAUUUACAACAUCCUGCGAGCAGCAACCAUCGAGAUGAGAAGAUCCCUUUUCUCCUACAUGACCACUAAACCAGGCCACUGACCCAAACCACCUUUGACCCUUCAAGAUCUCCUUAGAAACUUACAUAAACAUCCCUCCACCAUUGGCCAUCAUAAGCGCCCUAAAAGAGACUAGCUGACACCAACUUUAAUCCCACUGUGGACUCUUAUCUUUACUAAAAAUGUAGUUUGGAUUUGUCCAAGGACAAUUAGUAUAGAGGACAUUUUCAACAGGCAAUGAUGGUAGGAGACGAUGAUGCUAGAUGAAAUGGCUCAGAGACUCGCUGCACCAGAGAGAGAUGGAGACGGAGGAAAACGACUCAAGCCGAGUUCGCCCCGUGGGAUCCAACAGAUCCAGAAUUCCGAGGUCCAGACGGAGCCUGUUACCACUCCUGGUAACCAGAACAACCUCCCAUCUGCACAUCAGAAACAUCAGGUGAUAUAUAUACAUUCUCAGAUGUGAAAGAGUUUGAUGAUUAGGCUACUAAACAAAUUUAGAUCCAAUUAGUAAAUAAGUUUUGUUAAAGAAAUUUAUAGUUAAUAUUAGAUAUAAGAAUAAUUGAGAAAUUCAUCAAUAAGCUUUAAACCUAAAAUAGUCUCAUCCCUAAAUUUAGAACAUGAAACUGCUUCACAAUCUUCCCUGGUGCUUCUUAAACUCUCAGCUGCUGAACGGUGCAUUAAUACUUAAAACUAGAUUUAAUUGAUACGCCUAAACAUCAAGCGACAAAUAUAAUUCAGAGAUAUCAGUCACUGAAUUGACAUGGUCACAUUUGAUUUGUUUCUAUUCAUAAAUGUUAAUAGUUGUAUUCGCUGUAUUCCUUCAUUCAUCCUUUAUCAUUCUAUUCCUUUUUCCUUUUGUUUUAUCAUUUAUUCACUUAUUUUCUGCUAGUAGUUUAGUCACGUAGUUAGUUAAACAUUUCAUUUAUAAAGAACUUGAUUAUUUGAUGUGUGUGUAUAUAAAACAACUCCAAUCACUAUUCACUAUGCUCAAGAACUCUGUAGUAUCCCUGAGAUUAUGAGAUUCAAUGAUUAAUAUCACAUUUUGAGGUUUUUCCUGUUUUUCCAAAAUUGGGUGGCGUCCUAAAUUGAAUAAUUAAAUUGAAUAUAAGGUUGCAUUCUUAUAUUAAAACUAAUUGUGUGUGUAGCUGAGUGCCAUCACUCUCCUUCACCUUUUGCAACAAUUCAGGGGUUUAUGAUUCAUAAUAUUGAGUUAUUAAUUAUAGAUACAUAUUUUUAUAUUAAUUAAUGAUUGAUUAUUAAUCUGUUGCCCCAGCCAUUAGGGGUGUGACGAAAUAUCGUGCCACGAAAUUUCGCAAUAUAAAAACGUGACGAUAUGUAUCGUCGAGAUGAAAAACUGAAUCGCGAUAUCAGGGCAUAAUAGAUACUACGUACAUACGGGCUCCGGGGUUAAAGCUGCAGCCUCUUCCUGCUGCUCUGCAAGGUCUAUGGAAGGAGGCUGAGUACGCGUCAUAUCUUUGGGGUACAACACAUGCACAGAAAAAUCUGGUCUGCCCUCGCUGAAAUUGAACCAAUCGCAACGCACGGCCGCAGCUUCAGUUACAUUGCGCAUGUGUCAUACCCCGAGAGCCAUUUCUGCCCGUGACCUAGCCUCCUUUCCAUGUCUGUGUCGGAGCUCAACACACAUUAACAUACAGCGCAGUCAGUGAAGAGCUGAUCAGAGAGGCCGCGGUGGAGACGAGUUGACGCUACACUCGUUGCUGUUAGUAAGUGCAAUAAAACUUUAUAAGUGUAAAGUCAAGAUAUGUUAUUACACCUGUUCAACAAGCAUAAACACAAUGAAACGGUUAAACAUGUAGGAAAGCAACGUUUCAAUCUGCUCUGUCCGCUGUCUGUCAUCCUCCGCUGCUGUUUACACAAGCAGAGCGCGUUAGCUCGGCAGCUAACUGCUAACUGUUAACACGUGUAAGUUAUUUAGUUGAGUUGUGAAUGACUUUAGUUCCCUCUUGUAAGCCGUGUUUCACCGGGGAGUUUAUUGUGAAGGGUGGAAUGGAAGGCGUUAAGCGAUGAUGUGCUGCGAUUAACGAGGCUGCAGACUAUAGAGCCUCCGUGGUAUUAAUUUAUUAUCUUCAUAAAAUAUAGGAGCAGCGUAACCCUCGACUACACAAGACUGAAACUAAAGCUGGCAGCAGGCUGUGUAGUCUAACUGUUGAGGUUAGUUUGUCAUGUAUCUUACUGGUAAACUGAUCAGCUGGCUGACAUAAACUCCCCCCCCCCACCAGCCCUAACGUUACCUACAGCAGUGAGUGACAUCAGCAGAGGACAGGAAGUAGGAGUGAUACUGACCGAUGGAGGACAAAGGACAGGAGGACAGAAGGAAGGACUGUUACUGACUGAUUGAGGACAGAGGACAGGAGGAAGAACUGAUACCUUAAAAAUGAAACUAUAGGGCAAACAACAGCAUUGUUUUGCAUUUUGUGUCUUUUGAAUAAAAGGCUACUUUUUCAGUCAUAUAUUUUCACCAUUCAAGUUUUGUUUAAAUCAUUGUAAUAAUAUCGUAUCGAGGUAGUGAACCCAAUAUCGUGUAUCGUAGCGUAUCGUGAGCUGAGUGAAUCGUCGCACCCCUACCAGACAUAGAUAUGGUCAAAAGCUCAACAAAGAGAGUAUGUGAGCCUUGAUUUUAAAAUGAUUUAUUACAGAUGUGAUUCCAUUAUUGUUUUUAUCUGCUUCAUACAUAUUCUCUUGUUAAUGAAUCUUUUGAGGUUUGUUCAGACUGAAAGCAAAGAGACGCAGAUUGGUUAAAGAUGGCGCCAGCUGAGGUGAAGACAUGUUUAUUAUUUGUUUCCAUGGUAACGCCUGUUUGCAUUGUGUUUAGUCAGUAAAUGUGAUUGUUGCUGUUGAACUUGCAUCCUGCCAGAGUGCUUUAAUAAUCUGAGCUGUUCACUUGAUGUUUUCAAUGUUCUCAUUAAAUUAGUCGACACAAAGAGAUGCUUUGACUCAUCAUUUGAAACUGUUUCCAUCAAUCCAUAUUUGUUGAGCUGUUGUAAUUGACGUUCUCAGUAUUAACAUUGUUUUCAAACUAAGUCAUGAGCUAAUUGGACUCAUUAUCAUUAGUUAUCUUACAGCAGUCUGAUAAUAAAUGACCUCAGUAGUUAAAGCCCACACAGCAGCUGUGACUGACAUUUUCAAAUGUUCCUAAAAGCAGAAGUGAAUUAAUAAACUUUAAUAAAUCUAAA